AUGGUUUCAUUCUUUGGGUUUAAGCUCGGCGGCGAGAAAAAGAAAGUUGAAGAUGCUUCGCCAACGCAGGUCCGUAGGAAACUUGUUAGAGAGCCUCUAGAUGAGGAAUUUCCCAUGAGGGAGGCCGGGAAACCUGCGGCUUAUAGUGUUAAUGUCUCUUCGGGAGCCCGCCCCAAUACGUCUCAUUCAGUCAAAGUUACGGCUAUGCAGACGAGACCAUCUCCCUACGGCGCGGAUAUAACCGAUGGAGCUGCUACAAGCAUGUCCGACCUCCCUCAGCCGAGUUUUCCAGUUCUAAAGCAGCAUUCUUCGAAUCCCACCUUAGGAAGUGCUGGUAGCUGGCACAACGCUUCUUCUCCUUCAGAUAUAGCACCUCCGGUUCCUAUGCGACACCCUUCUCGGCCGGCGACUCCUGUUCAGCAGCAGCAAACAGUCUGGGCGAAUCCCCUUGAAAUGCAUUCUGCCAAAGGCUCGGCUGCGUCUUUAGCAUCUGCGCCCUUACCGCUGCUGAGCAAACAACAACUCAAACUGGAAAUCCCUAACGAACCAGCUCCCGGAUUCCGAGAGGAGGACUCGUCGAUACCUCCAUCACCUCUACGGGUAGGAAGACCAAGCCCUGGUCCAAACUUCGUAGAGUCGCCACAGACUCAAUCUCCCAGUAAACCACCAUCCCCUCCGCAGUCCAUAAGGAGUGGGACUCCUGUGUUAGGGCGACCGACAUUUCCCAGGGAUGAUAUGCUCCGUUCAUCGAGCAGAGGUAGUCAUAGGAAUAUACCCACUACUCUCAAAGAGGUCCAGAAUAUCAGGGAUAUGUCGAACCACAGCCGCUUCGGUCCGGCGGCGAUUCCUUCCCCUAUUGCGACUCCCCGCGGCAGUGAAGAUCGAGUUCGGGGCGGCCUAGCGAAUAUCUUGGGCGAUCCUAGUAUUCAUAUACGCACGGUUAGCGCAAGACGUGAUAAUGUAAAUCCGCGUAGUAACCCGAUGCUGUCCGAGAGGCGAAGCCUUGAGAUGCGGGUGGAGGAGCUCACGCGUCCGUGCAUAGAGGAACCGAUACAGCGUCCGAGGACAUCGAACGGUUCCGAGAUGGGCAAACUCAUGCGACCUCCGCCGUUGAACCUCAGCUCUCGUCCGAGAACCCCCGACCGUGCUGGUACCUACCCACCUCCGUUUGCCGCGAAUCAAAAACCUCAGUCGCCGAUGCAGAGCCCGCGGAGGAUGCCGAGAGAUAGGAGUGGUCCACCACCUGCUGCCGUAGGGGCGCGCAGGCCGAAUACUAGAAAUGUGCGCAGACCUACGGCGGACGAGUACGAGAUUCAACCGUCGUCUCAGCCGCCAUCCCAACCACCCUCUCAACCGCAGUCCCGAUCUCAGUCCCGGGUCAGGAGGAUGUCUCAGGACAGCAUUAGUUCCUCCUACUUCGAUCGACCACCCUCCCCCGACAGUCCCCUAAUGCCCCGUACGGGCCCGCUGGCAGGAAGCCCAAGCAUCACGCCCAUCGAAGCGCCGCUAGCCCCGCCGCCGCCGCCCAAGAAUCUGGAUUCGCGCUCGCGCCUCCAGGAGAUGGAGCUGUUCCUAGCCGACGGCGACGAGGAAGAAGCCGAGCAGGACGACGAGCCGCUGAUCCCCCCGCGCCUGAGCAACCGUAACGUCCCGACCCCCGACUCCACCAUGUGGCCGAUGCCCUCGCCCACCGCCUCCUCGUUCGACGACUACUCCUCGCGCGUCGGGUCCCCGCUCGGCUCGCCGCCGCGUGUCAUGGCUGGGGGAAACGUCAUGGUUGGUCCGCGGUCCGAGUCCCCGUUCGGGAUGCGCUCGUUCAAUUUCAGCCGGCCGAUGACGCCGACGCUCGCGCAUGCGGCGAUGCGUCACGAUUUUAACCAUCAUAACCAUUACGGCGGUGGUUAUGGCGGUUACAACGGAGUCGUAAUGCCGCCAAAGCGCUCCGAGACCGCGCCCCUAUCCCCAGGCUUCCGCGACCCUCAAGCUUCGCCGUCCAUGACGAGGCCGUUACCGCCGAGGUCGAAUACGGCGUCUCCAGGUAUGGGAUACGGACACGGACACGGACAAGGACAAGGGCACGGACGUGGUCUCAGGAGCCCGGCGAUCGUGGGGGAUGACUUUGGGGGUGGCGGGUUUAUCUAA